AUGUACCUGAUUGUGUGGGUUCUACGCUGUCGUAUUUUCUUAAUCAGUGAUCAUGCUUGUGUGUGCAGCAAAUUAAGUCUUGAGUUUUUUCUUAGUGAAGGGGUUAAAUCCGUGAUGGGUAAUGUUAAAACUUCAGUUUGUAACAACGCUAUUGUCUUAAGAUCCCCAAUCUUUAAUAUUUUCGCUGUUUCUCAAUCUCGCGCAUGUUAUUCCCUUCUAGACGCAGCUAAAACACGAAUAUUUGUUUUGGUCGUGUCUUCACAUACUCUUUUUCAAUAA